UCGCGUGCCGAGAGGGAGACAGGGGACGGGCUGGCGUCCUUCGUGUCCGAGCAGUCGCUCCGAGGAAUAGCAGCAGUGUUUUUCUCUCCCUGGGGAACACCCUGGUGACAGCGCAGCGGGGGAACAGGCUACCUCACACACACACACACACACACACACACACACUCUCGCACCAGGACAGACCCAGUCCACAAGGGAGCCAGGAACCUGGUCAAGGCCUCGGGCUAAGGGCGGGGCUCCUGAGCCCAGCGGUCAUGGGGCGACCGGAGGAGGUUGUGCUGCGGUCAGGCGGUCACGGCGUGGUCCUGGCCCUCCUGCUUCUCCUCGCCAGCGUCUCAGGCCUCUUGCAAAUGCCAAGAGUCUUCCUCACCUUCAAAGAGCUGGAGGCAUCCCAGUCUUUUGAGCACUACAGCCUGUCGGAGCAGCCGCUGGACUACAGGAUCCUGCUGGUGGACGAGGACCAGGACCGCAUGUACGUGGGCUGCAGGGACCACCUUCUGUCCCUGAGCAUCAACAACAUCACCCACCGGCCGCUCAAGGUGCACUGGCCGGCGUCUGCCAGCAAGAUCGAGGAGUGCCUAAUGGCGGGAAAGGACGCGACGCACGGGUGCGGGAACUACAUCCGGGUCGCGCAGCCCUUCAACCGGACGCACCUGUUCGCCUGCGGCAGCGGCGCGUUCAGCCCCGUCUGCGCCUACGUUCACAGGGGUCGAAGGUCAGAGGAGCAGGUGUUCCACAUCGACUCUCGGAUCGAAUCGGGGAAGGGGAGAUGCUCUUUCAGUCCUCAAAUCAACACCGUCUCCGUCAUGCUGAACCAGGAGCUGUUCUCGGGGAUGUACAUCGACUUCAUGGGGACGGACGCCGCCAUUUUCCGCAGCCUGACGCGGAGGAACGCCGUGAGGACGGACCAGCACAACUCCAAGUGGCUGAGCGAGCCGGCGUUCAUCGACGCCAAGCUGAUCGCGGACGGCUCGGACCCCGACGACGCCAAGCUCUACUUCUUCUUCCGGGAGAGGCUGACGGACGGCUGCGGCAACGUCAAGCACAUCCACAGCAUGGUGGCGCGCGUGUGCCCGAAUGACGUCGGGGGCCAGCGCAGUCUGGUGAAUAAGUGGUCCACCUUCCUGAAGGCCAGGAUGGUGUGUGUGGUGCAGGAGCCCGACGGGACGGAGACGCACUUCGACGAGCUCGAAAGCGUGUUUUUACUGGAACAGGAGCACCCCAAGAAGAUCCUGCUGUUCGCCGUCUUCACCUCCACGAGCUCGGUGUUCAAGGGCUCGGCGGUUUGCGUGUACAACAUGGCCGACGUCCUGACCGUCUUCAACGGGCCCUUCGCCCAGAGAGACAACUUCCAGUGGACGGCCUAUCAGGGGCGGAUCCCCUUCCCCCGGCCGGGCACGUGUCCCGGCGGAGCCUUCACCCCAAACAUGCACACCACCAAAGAGUUCCCCGACGACGUGGUGACCUUCGUCAGGCACCACCCCAUGAUGUUCAAUCCCAUCUACCCCGUGAGCAGGAGGCCGCUGGUCGUGCGCACGAACGCCAACUACAAGUACACCGCCAUCGCCGUGGACCUGGUAACCGCUACCGACGGCCGCUACCAGGUCUUGUUCCUGGGGACAGACAAAGGAACCGUUCAGAAGUUGGUGGUUCUCCCCACAAACCACUCCUUGGGUCACGACCUGAUUCUGGAGGAGCUGGAGGUGUUUAAGAAUGGGGCCCCUGUGACGAAUUUAAGAAUCUCCCCAAAAAAGCAACAGCUGUACGUGAGCUCGCAGCACGGAGUUUCCCAGGUGUCUUUGCACCGUUGCCAUGCCUACGGCUCGGCCUGCGCCGACUGCUGCCUGGCCAGGGACCCGUACUGCGCCUGGGACGGCCUCAGCUGCUCGCGCUUCUACCCCACUGGCAAGAGGAGAAGCAGAAGGCAGGACAUUAUUCAUGGGAACCCACUGACACAGUGCAGAGGAUUCAACCUUAAAGCCUACAGGAACGCCGAGGAGACGGUCCAGUUCGGGGUGAAGAACAGCACCACGUUUCUGGAGUGCCUCCACAAGUCCCCCCAGGCCUCGGUCCGAUGGCUCGUCCAGAGGGACAGCGACAGAAGAAAAGAGGUGAAGCCGAGCGAGCGGCUGGUCCCCUCGAGCGGCGGGCUGCUGAUCCGCGCGGCCCAGCCGUCGGACGAGGGCCUGUACUACUGCCAGACCACGGAGAACGGGUUCCGGCGCACGGCGGCGCGGGUGCGCCUGCGCGUGCUGGGCGAUGCGGCGGCGGCGGCGGCGCUGGCGGACAAGCGGCGGUCGGCGUGGGCGCUGGCCGGGGCGCUCCACCCCAAGGCGCUGCUCCCGGCCUUCGGCGGCGGCGCCGACGCCCUCGCCCUGCAGCAGUACUGCAAGGAGCAGCGGCAGGCCGACAGGCCCCGCCCCCCGGCCCCGGCCCCGCCCCGCGGCGACCUGGCCAAGCUCAAGCCCUUCCUGGACCGGGGCAAGAGCCGAAACCGGAGGAACCACCACCCUCCCGGGGGAUAGGA